GCAGGCGCUGAGUGGGGGACUCCUGUUGUUUCAGAUGCCGGUGACCUUCGAGGAGGUGGCUGUGUAUUUCACCCAGGGGCAGGGGGCUCUGCUGGACCCCGCUCAGAGAGCCCUCUACAGGGACGUCAUGCAGGAGAACUACGAGAUUGUGACCUCGCUGGGAUUUCCCCUUGCCAAACCUGAGCUUAUCGCCCGCCUGGAGCAAGGGGAAGAGCCGUGGGUGCCCGAUCUCCAGGCCUGCGAGGAAAGAAGGCUUCCGAGUUGCCCCCAUACAGGCAAUCCACACAGGAGAGAGACCCCACAAGUGCAUGGACUGUGAGAAAAGUUUCAUAAGAAGGUCAACCCUUGUUCGACAUCAGGCAAUCCACACAGGAGAGAGACCCCAUAAGUGCUUGGACUGUGGGAAAAGUUUCACACGAAGGUCAGAAUUUGUUUAUCAUCAGGCAAUCCACACAGGAGUGGGACUCCAUAUGUGCUUGGACUGUGGGAAAAGUUUCAUACGGAGGUCACAGCUUGUUCAACAUCAGGCACUCCACACAGGAGAGAGACCCCACAAGUGC